GCGCCUCGCUCCUUCCUAUCCCGCACGCGCACGCCGACCUUCUACAUGCUUGCCUAGCUUUGCAACCUACUACCACUACAAUCAUCCGCAGCGCAUCUGAAUUGCCCCGCAUACACGCACCAAGCUAAGCACUCUAUGUCCCCGCCGGCCAACGCCGGCGCAGAUGGAGGUCCUGGGGGCUCUGCUGCCGGACCCUCAUCAGCACCGUCCUUGUCAUCAUCGUCGACAUCAGGGCCAUCUCAGCAACAGCAGCAACAACAGCAACAGCAGCGCAAGAGGGGCCACACAAGUAGCCCCGACACAGAUGCAAAGGACAAGCGUGUGCGCGCUGAUGGAGGCAGCACGAGCAGUCCCUCGGGAGCUAAGUCUGGAAAUACUGACCGCCUGUGGGGAGAAGAGGCUUCCAAGCUGGAUGUCUACGUGUGGGACUACCUCACACGACGCGGCUUCACAGGCACAGCCAAGACGCUCGUCUCGGAAGCUCACAUGCCAGAACCUCCCGACGUGCCGUUGAGGACGCCGCAGGGACUUCUUUUUGAGUACUGGGCCAUCUUCUGGGACGUCUUUGCUGCACGAUCGGGGAGAGGGAGUGCAGAUGCGCGGACCUACUUCGAAUUUGAGGAGCAGCGCCAACUUCAAAGGCACGGUCGAAUUGAGGCGUCGCCCUCGAUCGCUGGUCAGCAUGACGCUUCAGCCGCGGCACGCUUCCCAUCCAUCGUCAUGACCAACGGAGUUGCGCCGCAAGAUGGCUUGCCGACCCAGCAGCAGCAGCCGCAACAUAAUCAGCAGCAACAGGCAAUCCAGCUCCAGCUUCAGCAGCAGCAGCAGCAGCAACAACACCAGCAAGGCGGACCUGGCCAGCGCGUCAAUGGCAUAGCUACACCGCCCCAGGGUCAGCAGUUGUGGAAUCAGUCCCUGACGCCGCAACAGCAGCACGCUCUCCUCAUGGCCGCCGCAAAGAGGCAGAACCUCACCAUCGACGAGCUGCGCACCAUGAGUCCAGCCAUGCGAGAGCGCCUCAUCAGCUCGAUGGUCGGGAAUCAACAGGCUGUUCAGCCUCAACAGCAGCAGCAACAGCAGCAGCAGCAGCAGCAAGGACCUCAACAGCAGCAGCAGCAGCAGGGAGGCGCGCCUGCCUUCCUCGGUCGCAUAGGGCCAGGUCACCCUCAGUACGAGCAGGCACUUCAAAACCGAUUGCUGCAGCAGCGAGCUCUCCAAGGUCAGCUGGGCAAUCGCGCCCCUUCGCAAGGCCCUCCUGGUCAACAGAAUCAGCAGCAAGUUGGCCAGACGCCAACACCGCAGCAGCAACAGCGAUCGAGCAUGCUUCCUCCUGGCUCAGUGGGGUCGCCAGCCGGUAUGCAUCCCGGCACACCUGGCCCGAUGGGUACGCCUGGUCUCGGCCCACAAGAUGCAGGGCGACGAUCCGUAGGCCCUGGGGGACAGCCUCAGGGGCCGCCACAGCAUGGCGGUUUCCCACCUCAAGGUCAGCAACAACAGCAGCAAGGAGGACCCGGUCAGCCACCCACGCCCGACCAUUCUGGCCAGCAGAACAAUGGCAACGGUGGCGGCGGUCCUGGAGGGGCACAUCGUCCCGAACUACCUCCACAAGCCAUGCUUCCGGAUGCUCUUCGUGGCGUCCCUCUCUUGAAUCCAGCCCAGCACAAUGCUCUCGUUUUGCAAUACCAGCAGCUUCAAGAGAACAUGAAGCAAGAGGGUGCCAAAGCGCAAUUUGCGCCUAAUCAGUCGAUGGCUUCGCAAUUCUACGCGAAUGUACAAAGUCUCCAGGCGAAAGCGCACCACAUCCAGGAUAUCCUGAAGGCUCAGCCGGCUCUGCAACACGCAGCUCAGCAGGCGGCGCAGAUGGCUGCUGGGCGACAGCAGCAGCAGCAGCAGGGCGGUGGUGGGCCCGGACCUCAGCCAGGGCAGCACGGAGGUCCUCAGCAGGGUGGUCAGCAGCAACACGGCCAGAUGAAUCCGCCUGCCACGACUCCCGGCGGCGGUAUGAUGCAGAAUGGCAUGCUCACCCCUCAGCAGCGUGCUCAGCUCGCAGCAAUUCAGCAACAGCAGCAACAACAGCAGCAACGCUUCCAGCAGCAGCAAGGAGGGCAGGGCGGGCCUCCAGGCGGUGCAGGCGGUGGUGGAGAUGGUGGCGGCGGGAAUGGUCAGAUACAGUUCAUGUCCCCCUUCUCUGCUCCGGGUCAAGCGGGCCAGCAGCAAAGCCAGCAGCAGAGCCAACAGCAAGGGCAACAAGGAGGUUUCCACACGCCGCAGAUGCAGCCGCACCCUCCACCAGGUCCGCACGGCUACCCUGGACAAGGAGGACCAGGUCCCAUGGACCCUCCGCAGCAACAUUCCCCGUUCGCCGCAGGAGGCGGAGGAGGAGGACCAUCCGGUCGACCAGGAAUGCAGCGCACCCCUUCCUCGAUGCUGUCUGGGGGCGGAGGACAAUUGCCCGGCUCCUCACCGAGCCCUCGCACCCAGGCCAACCAAUUGCAACAGCAGCAGCGUCCAGGUGGUCCGGGUCAGCAGGGCGGCAUACCUGGUUCACCAGCGAACAGUCUGCCGCCCAACACACCCAAGCAGGGAGCAGCAGAGCCUCCCGGUGCACCCAAUGCAGCAGGUGGCAAAGGCGCGAGUGGUGGUGGGAAGAAGAAGGGCGGAGCAGCAGUCGGAGCUGGCGGCGGUACGCCUGGCGGGUCAAACGACUCGCGCGCUCGCAAGAACAGCACCAAAGCCUCGAACGCGAUCAAGACCACGCCCGUUAUCCCGUCUGCUCCAACGCCUACGGGGGGGAUGGAAUCCGCGCCUACGCCUGGUGCCGGGGACAAGAGGCCGGCAAGUGGCGUCGAGUCUCGUAAUCCGCAGGAAGGCGGCUCAGCCAACAACGCCAAUAGCAGCAGCAGCAAUGACGCAGGGCCUUCCUCGUCGAUGAACUUCUCCUCGCUCGACUCGUUCCCCUCGACAGUGGACGCCCUUGGCGUUGGGUUGCCCAACGGCUUCUCGGGAAGCGGCAGCGGAGCAGGAGCAAAUGGCACGUCGAAUGGAAGCAACGCAGCGUCUGCGCCACCGCCGGUGGACGACUUCUCUUCCUUCUUCUCCACAAAUGACUUCUUCGACUUCGAUGCUGUCGGAGCGGCGCCCAGUACUGCCACGGGGAAUGGAGCGAGUGGCAGUGGCAGCGGAAGCGGAAGCGGCGGCAAUGGCAGCGGCAAUGGAGCGACAGGAGGAGCAAGUGGAGGAGGCGGAUUCGAUUGGGAUCCCAGCUCCUUUUCAGCUAUGUGGGGAAGUGAGAUUGGAGGGAGCUGAGCUUGAGCUGCGUGCAGACAGCGGGUCCUCGUAAGAGAAGUACCAGCCGCUACGUCAUGGCAAGGGCUCGUCAGGCUCGCGAGACUAGGCAAGGAUACCUUUAGCUCUACUUGACUACUGCGCUCCAGCUCCAUCCC